AUGGCCAGAGUAGAGACCAUCGUGUUCUUGUCGUUAGUGCUUGAUCUGUUCGCUUUCACUAUACCUUUACCGCUCUUCCCUCGUAUAAUCGAAUGGUACACGAAGCGGGAGAGUUCUAUCCAUAACGGGUUCCUGUCACGAACGCUGCAACUGGUAUCGGGUGUACGAGGCGUCUUCUACGCUUCAUCGAAGAACUCGGAAAGAUGGGAUAUUGUACUCCUGGGUGGGCUCAUGGGCUCUGUGUUCUCGACCUUGCAAUUUCUUGUUUCGCCGCGGAUUGGAAGCCUCUCUGACAAAUACGGGAGGAAGAAGAUAUUGCUAAUCACGAUGAUUGGCAACAUACUAUCCGCAGUGGUGUGGAUCCAAUCGACAACUUUCGCAUCAUAUAUGCUUUCUCGAGUGAUUGGCGGGCUAAGCGAAGGGAAUGUACAACUCGCUAUUGCGAUUCUUUCCGACGUCACUUCACCGGCCACGCGCGCAAAGGCUCUCGCUCAUGUUGGCAUUGCUUUCGCGAUCUGCUUCUGCAUCGGCCCUCCCAUCGGAGCGUACUUUGCGUCCCGACCUCCACCGGCCGCCUUGUCCGCCCUCGGAAUCGAACUCAAUCUAUAUGCAGUACCUGCUGCGCUCACCCUCGUUCUCCUCGUCGUGGAAACGGCGUUCCUAAUCAUAGCGCUGCCGGAGACUCGCGGAAGCAGUGUCCCGGCACCCGCACCCAAAGACACGAGCACCAACGGGCAUGCGAACAGUUCGACGCCCAAGAGUACUCCUGCCGCAGUCCAGCGUAAAAGCGCAGAGCAACGCUUGACCACGUUGAAGUCGUUGCGUCGCUUGCACUUCCUCUUCCUGGGCAUAUUCUCAGGCGUCGAAUUCACCCUGACCUUCCUCACCUUCGAUCUGUUCGACUGGAGCAACAAGCAGAAUGGCGCACUGAUUGGCUCGAUCGGCGUCAUCUCUGCGCUGCUCCAAGGCGGAUACGUGCGACGAGCCAUGUCCAAGACUGGCGAGGGUGUCAUGGCGCGUAAUGGCAUGACGGCGUGCGCAGUAGGAAUGACGCUCCUCGCCAUCCUCCCCCAGUUCGUGGUGACCAACGCGUCACUUGCGAUGCGCUUGCUUCAAGGAGCAGCCGUGUGCCUGGCGUUCACGUCAGCCACCGUGGUGAACGCUCUGACUGCGUUCGCGUCAUUGCAGACCGACGAUGUCGUCGAAGGCCAGUCCGAAUUAGAAAACCCUCAGCUCGCCAAGGGCAAGGCUCUCGGCCAGUUCCGCUCUUCCGGCCAGCUGGGCCGAGCCAUGGGGCCAUUAUUAGCCUGCGCAUCCUACUGGACAUUCGGCCCGUCAACAACUUACGCAGUCUGCGCAGCAGCGAUGUUUGCGCUGUCCGUUCACAUGCGGCCACUGGCGACGAAGCCGAAGAUCAAAACCGCUUGACCGGCGACGACAGCAUGAGAAAGAACGAAUGCUGAUUAUUUAUUGCAAUCUUGUGUGGAACAAACUGUAUCGUAAUGAAAGUCCUAUUGAUAGCCCCCGAGCACAGAAAGUUCGGCGAUAAGCCAAGGACGGAUCGAACAGGGGUAUAGAAAGUCUUUUUGAACACUGAAAGGACCGAAUGCCAUAAAGGAUGAUGACCUGCACAAUAUUGAGGGUAUAGAUAGCGUUAUCUCAUGCUCGUGUGUAAAAUAUCCCAAGCAAUGCUUCGAAAUAUGUCCCAAAGGAAAACCAAGGUACCGAUUCCCUUACCAGUCGAACCCACGCCUUCUAUGGUGAGUUCCGGGAGGGAGGGCGUGAGACGGUUGGCGUCCGUGUGCCCGGAAAUGCCUGUACCCCGGGUGUCAUGAAGUACGAUGUCGCCGUGCUCUCGGAUUGGGGAGUUGUUCGCCCCGAGGAGUAGCUUGGGAGCGACAGCGUGCCCUGCGAAGCGCGAGAGCCCUCGGCUGCCGGGGUCUCGAAGCUGUCCGUGGGCCUUUGCUUUUCGGGUGGGAAUUGAGGCACGGGAGAGGUGUAGCGCGGAGGUGGCAUCUGCACGCUCGAUGGCACGCGUGAGGGGCGACGCGAGGAGUCGGAAUCCGUAGAUGGGGCGAGCAUCGUGGGGAGCUGAUACGCGUUCCUGUUCCGACGACGCGAUCGUGAAGGCGUGCCGAGCAGCACGUCUUGCUCGCGCGGUCCCCAAACUGCCUCCAUCACCCGCGUGCCUGCUCUCCACAAUGCGUCGAUGGCAGGGUGCGCGAAGAUCUCGGUCGGACUUGGGAUGAGAUCAGUCGAUUCCGACAGGGACGGUGACGCGGACCGAACUCGGAUGGGGAUUGACGAUAAUAUGAUCUCCUCCUCGUCGAGCGACAUUGGGCUUGCAGGAGGGUCUGGGCUUGCGGGUUCCGCGAAGGUUGAACUUCGCCUCUCGGGGUCCACGUACCAGAGGCGUCGGCUUUGCGACCAACGGGGCAUGAUAACGUGGUAGUAGCUGCCCAUCCUCAUGUGGCGACGCUUGUUGGCUCCGCUGCUGGGAAGUGCCAAUCGCAACAGGCCAAGAACCAAUACGAUGGAUCCAGCCAACAUGAGUCGCUUGCCCCAGCUACCCAAGAAACCAAUGAAGGCGGCGUCAUCGGCGUGCCAGCUGCUCCCAUAGAAGUGUUCGAAGAACGUAUUCGGUGCUUCGCCAGGCUUUGUGUUCUUGCCAUAGAGGGACUUGGGCAAGAUACGGACUUCGCCGAGGUAGGAGGGGUAGGUGUCUGCGGGGUGCGACGACGCAUAGAGCCCAUAUUGGAUGGAGAGGAACAUGGGUCCUGUCGAGAACAUGACAGUGGGAUAGUUGAGGAUCCAUGAAUGGUCAAAGGUGACUAGAUUAUGAAUGGUUUGGGCCAUGAAUGGGUGCAGCUUCUCAGAGAACAUCAGGUCGUUGGAUACGCCGACGGGGAUGGUCUUGGGAAGGAUGACCGAGUGCACCAACAACGGGUCCAAUGGGCGAGUGCACCCGAUAUCGAGGUCCAUGUACACGCCACCAUAGUGGUGGAGGACGAAGUAUCGGAUAGCGUCGGCGCGCUGGAUGGGGUACACGUAGCCAUCGAAGGUGUCGAGGAACCACGGGUAAUGUUCUGCAAUGAAUUCACGGGAGCUGGCGUCGGUCCAUAGCAUGUAUUCGUAAUCGGGCAUCAUGUCGCGGCAACCUUGGACGAGAGCCUUCCACUUCUCGGGCAAGGUCUCUGAUUUCCAUGUCUGGUGGAUAAUCCUUGGGAUGCGCUCGGGCUGGGACGGUCGUGUCGUAUUAGGUCGUGUCGUAAAGUCUACGUCGGUAUCCUUUAUGUAUGCGGCCUCUGGGAUGGCGAGGUAAUAGGAUAUAGAAGAGAGUACGACGAGGGUCCCGAAGAGGACGAGACCCAGCAACGAAAGGGAUAUCCACAGAGUCCGUCUGCGAGCCAUGCCUGAUGGAGG